CUCUUUAAGCAUAUUUUAUUCAUCAUUCUCGUGUUGUGCGCGGUUCGUGAUAACUUUUAUUAGUUCAAUUGAUACAGAGUUGUUCUUCGAUAAAGCUGUUGUUGUAUUUUAAUAUUGAAAAUGAUUCAAUAUGCCAAAAGCUAUCCAACUGAAAAUAAACAGGUUAAUAAUAAUUGGCAAGGAAUAAUCGAGGUUUAUUUUCACGGAUUGCCCUUUCACCUACGAUCAAAUGCGACCAGACAAUUUAUAAAACAAUUCCAGAACACUGGAGAAGAGUCGCUGGAGAAUUUAUGUUUCUAUGUGAAGGAUCUAAUCGACACCGCGACCGUUGGAGAUCUGCACGACAUAUUCGCACCGUUAGUCGAGUCCAUCUUCGACACGGAGAAUAACCGUGGCUGGAAUCUUCGCAGGAUAACUGAAAAACAGAAUGACGAAUUUAUAACCCUACGCCACUUUUUCGACGUUGUCGAUGGACCAAUGUUUCGGUUGUGCUAUCACCUGCGGAAUUAUCGUUAUGAGCUGCCAGUAUCCUUGUUGCCUUAUGCAAUGCAGGAUAUGGUGCGAUCUGAAGGAUGCCCUGCCUUCUACCGCGAGGUGUUGUCAUUCGAUAAGCUCAGUCACACGAAAGACGCUCUUUUCCUUAACCCAUUUGAUUAUUUCUUGUUUCAUUUUGCACACUACGGCACGAUUCCUCAAGUGAUCCUUGAUCCUAGAUGGAACUCGAACAAUCAGAAACGACCACAAACGGUAUAUAAUGUGCUGGCCGCCGAUUACAUGUGCAACUUUCUUCCGAAUAAACCUUUUUCCGAGGUGUUUCCACAAAUGACGAUGCCGAGUAAGGAGCUGUGCUCACUUAUCUGUCCAACGAUGUUUUUAUUACCAGGAAAUGGGGUGCACGACACGUCUUCUCAACGAACACCUGCAACUGCCGAGAUUUACCAAUACGGCCAUUGGCGUUCCCGGAGCGUGAUGUUCAUUUUCCUUGAUAUGUGGCUUCGACUGGAUGUGAACCCAGUGCUGUGUCAUCCUGACCCGCUGAGCUGUACACUGAGUAUAGAGUUGCUCACUAACAUUCGUGCUCUUGUGAAGCAGAUACACAAAUUCAGUAGCAUCAAUACUGAUUUAGAUUUUCCGGCAAUCAGACAAUUGCGCAGUGAAGCACAGCGGCAACUUAAAGAACGUAUUGAGCCGUUCCUUUGGGAACUAAUGUGCCAUUGGUCACCUGAUGAAUCUUUGAAGGAACUCCUCGAGGUGUGGCUGAGUUACAUUCAACCAUGGCGCUAUAGAAGCUAUCGUGAUUCAAAGCAACUUAUGCAAUUCCAAACAGUGUUCAUUGCUGACAAUAUCAGUGCUUACACACAACCUCUCGUUCAUCUUUUGUUACGGUUCUCAAAGUACGACCCUGCCCAUCCGAGCUUUUGGCGACCACUACAUCGCGUGUGCACCGUAUUUAACCACCACGACUUGGCGAGAAUCAUUCGAAGCUAUGACAAAAUUGAGAGUGAAAAAAGUCGAUUGGAAAACUAUACAACCAUCUACGGGACGCACUACUGUUCGAUGUUUGCAGAUUCGAGUCCAGAAAUGGAAUUGCUAAUGGAUCAGCUGGGCAGCCGAAUAAAAUUCCUUAGGCAUAUGCUCACAUUCGGAAACCAUUACGACUCGUGGAGCAAUCAGUUGCUCCACUUCGUAUACAAGCUUUUGCAAUUAUAUACAUUCGAUCAACAAGAGAUGCUCUUAUUGCAUUCACGGCUGGAGUUUAUAUACAAUGUUCUCACUGAAAAGCUCAAUGCUCCAGCACGGCAGGGAUUACUUAACGAGCCCAAAAACAAACCACGAACUGCACGCAACGGAUUCUGGAUGCCAGGGUUUUUUGGGAAUCCUGAUCUAAUUCCUGCAACGAGCACUGAAAAUGCAAUGCUUGUGCGAACUUUUCAUCGACUUAGCGAGAGGUUGAACAUAAUGUUUGAAAGCAAGCUUUAUGUGAUCUGGCUGAGUGAAACUGUUUGGUGCGCUCUUGUUCGCCAGGUUUUGGAGCCACCUGUGACCUUUUACACCUAUGUCCGUAAUACAAAGCGACAAAGGGAGAAACAACGGAUUUAUCUCGGUCCUCGCAUAAGCUUUCGCUUCCUCGCUUCAUACAGGAACAUCGCCUACGUUUUGCUCGCGAUACUACUUGGUGUUCUACUAUAUGGUUCACCGUUCUUUGGCCUUCAAAUCAUUAUGUUGUUAUCGUUUGUUCGUAUCGUGCUACGUGCAAUUUUCUUUCCUCAGUAGUUUGGUUUUAGCUGUAUCUAAUAAGCAUUAUACCAGAUAUCAUUAUUUUGUAAAUUGAUAAAAUAAAUAAACAUUUACCAGCCAGCGCUAGAUUGUACAAAAUAAUCUGUUCCUAAACAUUGUAUACAGUGUACAAAAAUAUAUUGAACAACACAUAUAUUCACACAUUUCGCAUAACAAUCU